CCGCCGCGAGAAUCUCGCGCGAGAUAUUCGAGAUUCGGAAGGAGGACGAGAGAGACGUUCACGUCGUCACCACGAUCCGCAACGACGCGGAGUUUUAUUUCCAUCCGAAUGACGUGACGAACGCCACAUGCAGUUUCGCGCGAUUGUUCCAGAGAUUCUAGGUGAAAUCGAGCGCGGCCAGGUCGAAGAUACUGCCAAGUAUUCGUUUUGUUCGCAAACGGAAUAUCCUCACGCAUUUGAUACUUUCAAAUGGCUAUCACUAGCGCUUCCCGCGCAACGGUAUCGAGAAAGCCGUAACCCCGUGUUGUCACCGCCGGCGCCGCCAUCGCCGCCGUCGCCGGUCUGGUUGGAAGAUGUCAAUGGCGCGAUCCGCGGGAGUCGAUCUAACCUCGAAAGGUUCCGUCGCGUUUACGCCUCCUGCGUUAUAUAUGCCAGUGUGAAAGCACCGCUUCCAGACCACCGACGACGAAGCAUGACCGUCUGCGAGAGACUGCGUAAUCCGUGUGGUUGGCGCGCGGGCGCCAAGCAGAUCUCCGUGGACGCGAUGCUGCCGUUGGUGGUAGUGCCGAUCCUGGCAGUGAUCGCCGCCCAGGCCUUCCUCUGCACAGUCGCCGUGUUCCUGGUUACGCCGGUCUUCGUUUAUUACCUGCAUCACAACUUCCUCAGGUUUCUACUGCGCACCAAGUUCUUCCUCAUGUGGACUAUCACGAGCGUGCUGAUGAUGAUGCUGGUGUUCGAGAUUAGCGUCGUGCCGCUGCUGGAGAUCCUGCCCGAGGAGAAUCUCGUAUUUAUGGUGUGCGUGGUCGGUGGCAUGUGGUGUGGUUACAAGACCAAACUGAACGCGGAUGCCUCGAUACAGGAAAAUGCCGGUGUCGUCGAUGUCCUGGAACUGGGCGACGGUAGCGGUGAACUCUGCGCCACAUGCAGGAGAAGGAUCCCACCCAAGGCUCAUCACUGCCGCUUGUGCCAGACUUGUAUACUCAACAGGGAAUAUCAUUGCAAAUGGCUCGAUUGCUGCGUAGGUUCCAGUAAUUUAAGAUGGUAUGUGAGCUGUUUAUUCUUCUCCGCAAUCGCUUUUAUAUAUGGCUCCAAUUUGACUAUGACUAGUGUCUGUCAUCCUUUUAUACUCAUUGGAACUAUACUCCUACCUGAUGACUGCAGUGACGUAUAUCAUCAAUUAGACAUCGCACUUUGCUUCGUCUCCGCUUUGUACAGCCUCUUUGUGGGAUUAGUGCUCUUUUGUUAUCUUAUAUAUCACCUAUGGUUGCUCUACAUCGGCACGACAUCGAACGAGCGACGAUUGGACAUGAAAAAUCAGUCCGACUAUAGAAUGUUAAAUGUAUCUCAACUGUUCUGCUGCAAAACUUAGGAUUGUUAUCUAUAGAGAUGUGCGAGUAGUUCGAAUUUGAAUCAAAUCGAAUCACAGUAGAUUCUCUCUCUUGAUUUAAUUCGU